UUGAUGUGAGAAACAAACUUUAUUAUUUAACAACUGUGUACAAGCUUUAAUUUUCCUACUCCGAUUCCUCAAACUUUGCAUAGUUAAUGCUGCACUGUUCCAAGUGCAGUCUGGAAUAAAAGAUCCCCAUUUAAUUCAUCCUGUGUCCAGUGCCAUAACUAAUUCACAUCCCAGGCUACAUAUGUAAAAUACAAUUUGAGUAGGAUUUCCAAAGGCUUUGCUGAAUAUUUGCUUAUCUCUACUAUUUUAAUUUUCACAAUAUAUUACCAGCUGACAAUGUGAGAAAAUCAGACAAAUUAGCUUGACUUUGUUCCACCCCUUCUUGGCCUGAUUCAUGUCCUGCCUUAUGAUAUUAUUGGCUAUGUUCUUAAUCCUUCAUCCAUGCUAAUUAUGUAUAUAAAAGUGCAAAUAGUGUAUCAAGUCAUUUGUAUUUGGCAUUCACAGUUGAACAACAUUUUUUGUGAUGCUUCUCUUUCUUUACACACUCCUGCUAUUCCAUCAACUUCAUACAAAGGCAGGAAACACUGUUUGCCGAAUAAUGGGAGAUCCUCAGUAUCCGCUGCUUUCCAAGGAUGGAGACAUAACAAUUGGAGCACUUUUUCCAGUCCACAGCAUAGAAACAUUACCUUCAUUUGAGUUUAAACAAAAACCACAGCUGCUAUCAUGCACCAGUGUGUAUCUGAGAGAUUUUCGACUGGCACAAAUCAUGGUCUUUGCCAUUGAGGAGAUUAACAGAAGUAAAAGUUUGCUCCCAAAUGUUUCUAUUGGUUAUCGAAUAUAUGAUACAUGUGGGUCAAGACUGUCUACCGUGAGUGCAACUAUGGGACUGUUGAAUGACCCGGAGUUUGAACCAGGACACAGAUGCAAUGGACAGUCUCCUUUACAUGCCAUCAUAGGCGAAUCUGAGUCUUCUGCAACAGUGAUUCUGUCUAGAACUACAGGACCUUUUAAGAUUCCAGUGGUAAAGAGCAAUAAUGCUAGAUGUUUAACUCAAUCACAGAUGACUGUAUCACUGCUUCCUGUGCUUUCUUUUUCAGAUAAGUCACUCUGCUUCAUGUGAAUGCCUCAGUAACAGGAAAGAUUACCCCUCAUUCUUCAGGACUAUUGCUAGUGAUUACCACCAGAGCACAGCACUUGCAUACAUAGUCAAGCACUUAGGCUGGUCCUGGGUGGGAGCUGUGAAUAGUGACAAUGACUAUGGAAACAAUGGAAUGGCCAUAUUUCUGAAAAUAGCCCAGGAGGAGGGGGUUUGUGUGGAGUACUCUGUAAAAUUCUA